AAUCGCUCACAAGUGUUUAUUCGUUCAGUAAAACAGGAAGCCGGAGCUGGUGGUUGGAAGUAAAAAAAAGCACACUCUUUUUCUAUCUCCUUAAACUUGUGACAUUUAAUUUAUUUACACCGAUGUCAAUAACAAAUAUCUUUCACAUACCAAUGGAUCAUUAUUAAGGAAGCCAGGAGGUCAAUAUAAAAGUGGAAAAAAAGUUUUGUACACAGUUGCAUGUUGCUUUCUAACAGUGUUAUAUUCACAACUUUUGGUGUCGUAUUGAUUAUGUCGUUAGUUAGCAUUCUUGAACGCGCAAGUCUCUUCAGAUUCGAUGAAUGACGCGCUUUUGUAUGAAACUAAAAAGUGUUGAAGACAGAGGCGUGAAUCGAACCAGCUGUGGACGCCUUUAUAUUCCAAAUUUAGUGUAGUGUCGCGAGGAUGAAAUCUGACCCUCCGACCUGCAAGCUUCUCGUCUUGGUUAUUGUCCUUCUGGUAAAUCAUUCCACCGGUGAACUUGAAUAUUAUCAGGAUGUUGAAUCAGAGCCUUCAGAAGAUGUAAAUCUCAAAUAUCUAGAAAGAUUCUUGGAGUCUCAAGGUUACCGAGAUGCUUUGCACCGUCCCCAUAUCUCACAUCUCUAUCCACCAAUAUAUGUGGAUGACUUACGAGAAUAUGUACACCAAAAAAUGUUGGAAUCACUGAGAAGAGAUCAGUUGGAGAAUUUAAAUUAUCCUGUACAGUCGUCUGAAUUCAAUUAUAUACAACAAUACCCUCGAUCAAUUGAGCGUGAUCGUUCUUAUGUCAAUUUAGGAACUCCAUCCCGCAAUUUUAAAUAUCCACAAGUCAAUGUACCUUACUCAGAUAAUGAAAUCAAUGAAAAAGUUUAUUAUAAUAACCCUGAACGUAUUCCCAUAAGACAAAACUUCCCUGGAUGGGAAAAUCCUGAAGCUGAUGAUCUGAACAAUAAUCCAUUGGGAAAUCUUGAAGACCAAAUAUUAAACGCUGAUGUUUCGCAGUUGCAAGAAAAUUUUAAGCAAGUCCCUAGAUUGACUGAAAAUAAGCCAGAGUUUACGUAUAGUUUCAAUGAUCCUAAGUUGAACGAAAUAAAUACUUUUGCAGUGAAGCCAAACGAUCCACGUUAUUAUGAAGAAGAACCAAUAGUUAUAGCAAAUGAAGAAAAAAGUUCGGAUUCGAUUGAGAAUCCUUCACAAGAUAUUGAAGGUCAUGGCGAAAAGAAAAAAACAUCGAAUGAAAAUAAGAUAAAUUUUCCUCGCUCGGAAAGUGAUACUGUUGACAACAGUAAAUUUUCUCAUUUCAAAGGAUUACUGUCUGAACCUCAACGACAAACGAAUCAAGAUCCUAUUAUAACACCAUCUAAUUAUAAAUUAUCAAACGAUGUUUAUUUUAUAGCUAUUGUUGCCGGCUGUAGUGCAGCUGCAAUGUUUGCGCUAGUUCUUAUAGGCCUCACCUGGUGCAGAUUACAACGCGGUGCUAAAGCAGCAGCAGACAUUGAAUAUCCAGCUUAUGGAGUGACAGGUCCAAAUAAAGAUAUUUUGCCGUCCGGGGACCAGAGACUCGCUCAUUCAGCUCAAAUGUAUCACUUUCAGCAUCAAAAGCAACAAAUCAUAGCUAUGGAGAAAACUGCUGCAAGAGAUCCUGGUUCUGUGUCUGAAGUUGAAAGUGAUGAGGAAAAUGAAGAAGGAGAUUACACUGUAUACGAAUGUCCUGGUCUUGCACCUGCUGGAGAAAUGGAAGUAAAGAAUCCAUUGUUUCACGAUGAUCCAACCCCAGCAACACCACCUGUAAACCACAAAGAAGGUAAUCGUCAACAUCAUUAGCUUGCAGGAACAAGUAAAUGAUUGAAGAAUCAAAAGAAAUGACAACGGGUUAAUCGAAAGUGUGGUUCACCGUUUUAUUUUGAAGACCUUUCAUUAUUUGUAAGGAAUUAUUUCCUUGGUGCUUAGCUCACUUUUGAAAUAUCAUAUCCAAAAUAUUCUAUAUACUUAUUAUAUUUAAUAUACACCUACACAAUUUUACGAUUUAUAUAAUCAACCGAUUGAUCAUUUUUUCGACGUAUUAAAGUGCAACAAAUAUGUUAUUAAAGUGAGCAGGGCAACGAAAAGACGCAUUCAAUAAAUUGAAAAAUGUUGCACUUUUUCAACUAUCAAAUUUUAAAUAACUUAUACACCAAUAUAAAAAAUUUUACUAAAAUUUUGUCGCAUUCUCGUUAAAGAUAUUGUGACUGUUCUUUACAAUUUUUUCUAAACUUACUGAUAAAGGUAUAAAAGUUUAAUACGAGUUUUAAAGUUAACUUAUAAUUUUUUUAAAUUCCGAAUCAUCGCACAGUAGUAGUGACGAAGAAAAGAGAGAAUAAUACUAUAAAGUAAUACAAUUAUAUAUUAUAAAAUUCAUAAAAAUCAUGAACAAUUUAUCUUGACCAAUGAAAAGUAAUUAAUUAUAAAAGAUUUGAUUACAAAUUACUUUUAAAAACCAUAAAAACGCGUAAACGUGAAAGUAGAUUGAUCUGAUGUGGAAAUCACUUCCCAUUAGAGUAUGUAUUAUGUUUGUACAUAUACAUGCAUGAAUUCUAUGGGCAUUGUCCAUUAAAAAUAUGCAUGUAGACAACUUUCUAUAUAUCGAACGCUUUAUGUACAAAUGGGAGCUUUACUAUCGAACACCUUUGUUCGUAUAUCUAUAUUAUACUUCAGAAAAUAUAUCCAUUUUAAUUAAUUCCUGAAUAAGAGCUUCCUCUAAUAAAAUAGAUUUAGUUAUCGACUUUAUACCAUUAUAUCGUUAAAAUGUAUUUGUUUCAUGAUUAUUUUUUUGGUUUUUUUGCCGGUCAUUUUAUAACGACUAGACCGUCUUAAUCAUGUACCCGUAUAAUUACGUAUGAUUGUUAACGGAAUCUCCUGUUCCUUACGUAAAAGAAUUUUGUUUAGGUUUUACAUGUUUAGUGUAAUUCAUAUUAGAUGUUGGCUGACUUUUUAUUAUGAAUAUACAUUGUUUUUGAAGAUAAAUAGUUAAUUUGGUAAUUGAAUUUUUUUUAAUUUUGCUUAAACUUUUACAAAAACUAUAUAUAUAUUUCAAUUAUCUUUAAUAGGUUGACAUUAAUUAAUUUAUUUACAAAAGAUAUUUUAUUCAAAAUAUUAAGAAUUAUAUCAAUAUUAAGUCAAAUGGUACUAAAACGUUUUCAUUUGUAAGCCAAAUAAUUUUUUCGUCUUCAAAAACAAUUCUUCCAAUUAACUCUUUUGUGCUAUUGAUAGUAAUAAGUUUGUGUAAAUUUAUGUCAGAGUGUAAUUAUUAAGGUUUUCCACGGGUAAUUUAAUAGAAUUAUCCUAACAGAUGAGAUACUAUCAUACAGUGAAACAGAUCUGAUUUUAUUUUUAAAAAAAAAGAACUAAGCUUUAACGCAAAGUGUGAUGACGUGCUGGCCAAAGACAUUAUUUUAGUAACCCUGUAUGGGUACAAUUAGUAAAGACAACACUAAUUUUAUAUAUUUUUAAAAUAAUUGGAAAUAUCAUAUGUUUAUUACAAUUAAUAUAAGUUAUAAUUGAUCCUCAAGAAGAUAUAUUACCUGAAAAUCUCUAUUAAACAGAAAUAACUAUUUUAGCAUGAAUAUAAAAGAUAAAUUUUAUUGAUGUUGUAUCGUUAUCAUCAGAUUAUAUGUAUUAUUAUAUCGUGUUUCGACUAGUCUGUUAGCAAACAUAAGUGUUUUAUAUAGAGCUGAGACAUAAAUGUAAAGUAUAAAGAACAAUCUAUGUGAACAAACAAUGCAACAUGAUUGUGUCGCACCUGUUAAGUGAAAUCGUAUUCAUCACAGCUGAAAGUAUAAGUUAAACCUUAUCUAUAAAGGCAAAGAAGAAAAAUUUUUUGAAUUAUUCUUUAGUUCACAUGCGUAUUUAACAUGUAUAUUUAUGUUGCACUAAUACUUUCAGGAAUGAACAGCAGUGUUAUCGAAAGAUUCAUGUAUUAUGAAUACUAUCACCAUUUGAGAAAAUAAAUAAAUUAUUUUAUAGAAGGUA